CUCGCUCCCGCGGGGACGUCCCGCUGCACCGCCCGGCCCGCUGCCCCGGAGCUCGCUCCCGCGGGGACGCGGAAUCAUGAGACUGCGGCGACUCUUCCUUGCGGCUUGUGCUCUCAUGCUGAGUCUCCUUGUUAUCAACGGACAGAGACCAGCUAAUUUGGCAAUGAGAAGAAAAUUGCACAGACACAACUGCCUUCAGAGGAGAUGUAUGCCUCUCCAUUCACGGGUGCCCUUCCCCUGAGACUACUUCUGCAUUCCAGCUACAGUUCUUCGAAGAAUGUACAGAACUCCUCUUUUGAAAUCCAGUGAUAGCAUAAGAGCCAAUGUGGGAUGAAUAUUACGAUCAUUUUCCAAGGUCUUGCUCAACGAGGGCUAUAAUACCCAGUGCUGCCCUCAGAUGUGAAACUACAAUUGUCGUUCUAAAUACUUGCACACUUUUUAUAAGUCCUGCAACACAAUGAUUUGACUGCUGGCUAAAUCACUGUAGACGUAGGUGUAGUGGAACUCUAAGGCGGAACCUCCCUUUCACUUAUUCCCUCUGUUUUCUGAAUGUUUUAUUUGUCUGUUUAUUAAUUGUUUUUUCAUGUAAGCCCUAUGCCCAGCAUUGGGCUUGAACUCAGGAUCCCAAGAUCAGGAGUGCUCGACUGAUUGAGCCAGAUAGCCACCCCUGUUUUCUGCAUGUUUUAGAUAAAAAUCACACAUGGUUAUUUGAUUCAGUUAGGGUCAUGUAAGACUGGGAGAGGACAGGUGAGGUAAACAGUUGACUUUGGAAGUUGUCCAGAUUAACCUUUGAAGGAGCUUAGCUUUUAGUUCCCUUAACAAGAAUGCCCCAUUAUCUUUACUCUGUCAAUUUUACCAACUCCUAGAGUCCUUCUCAGUGAUCUUCAGUGACAUUUCCUAACCCUUACAACUGAGUUAAUUAAAUAGAAAAAUCUUGCUGUGUAAAAUUCAUUCUCUUCAUAAUUGUUUUUUCUUGCUGAAAUAUGUUGGUAUCACAUUCAGCCCUAAGUGAAUUAGAGUGGAGGAAAACAAGAGAAAGGGUGUUGGGAAAUUCAAGUUUAUAGGCUAAUGUGAUAGUUUUAGAGUGGAAAAUGAGGCAAAAUCCUUAGAUUCUCAUGAUUUUCCUCUUCUAGCCAUGAAAUCUCACUGUAUCAAGGCUUUCACCUUUUUUUGAAUAUUUUAUUUAUUUGAGAGAGAGAUCACAAGCAGGGGGAGUUGUAAAGGGAGAGGGAGAAAGA